AUGGCGGCACAAGCAGCAGGACUAGAUCCAAGCGAGCGCAUCUUCACUGAGUUGCGCAAUAAGAACGACGAGGUCAAGCAGCGCGCCGCUAAUGAGCUGCGAGAUCUCGUCAACUUGCUUUCAAGAGAAUGGUCACCUGAACGAUUCGGCUCUUUCUACGACAAGAUCACAGGCAGACUUAGCCAACUGAUAGUCCAAUCUCAAGAUCCUACUGACAAAGUCGGUGGUAUCUUCGCUCUCGACCGUCUGAUUGACUGCGAAGCCAUUGACGCCGCUCAAAAAGCCUCCAAGUACUCGAACUACCUACGAGCCGCCCUCAAGAGCAACGAUGCAGCUGUCCUGGAUGCGGCCUGCCGAGCCAUGGGCCACUUGGCCAGGCCUGGAGGCGCCUUCACAGCUGAACUGGUUGAAGCAGAAAUGACAAGCGCCUUUGAAUGGCUACAACCCGACAGCAAGCAAGAGCGUCGUCUGGCUUCUGUCCUGCUUAUUCGGGAACUGGCGAAGAACUCUCCAACCCUAGUCUACGGCUUUAUUCCUCAGAUAUUUGAGCUGAUAUGGAACGCUGUUCGAGACCCCAAAGAGAACAUCAGGAGAGCUGCGGCUGAGUCUGUAAGCGCCUGUUUCGGUGUCAUGGUUGCAAGAGAUCCAACCUUCCAAGCCCAGUGGUUCCAGAAGAUAUACCAAAGAGCUCUAGAAGGACUACGUUCUACCACAAGCAUUGACGACAUACACGGCUCUCUUCUGAUCCUGAAAGAACUGUUGCAACAUGGGAACAUGUUCAUGAACGAUUUCUACCGCAUUGCUUGUGAAGAUGUCUUACGCCUGAAAGACCAUCGCGAGCCUAAGAUUCGUACCCAGGUUGUACAGAUUAUACCCGUCCUUGCCGACUAUGCACCCCUGGAAUUUGUGAACAAUUACCUUCACAAGUUUAUGAUUUACCUGCAGGCACAGCUGAAGCGAGAGAAGGAGCGCAACCAGGCUUUCAUCGCUAUUGGCAGAAUUGCUAGAGCUGUAGGAAGCGCUAUCGGCUCCUACCUCGACGGUAUCAUUGUCUACAUUCGCGAAUCCCUGAGCACCAAGACCAAGAACCGUGCGGCCGUUGAUGAGGGCCCGAUGUUUUCGUGUAUCAGCAUGUUAGCUUACGCCGUCGGCCAGACAUUAAGCAAGUACAUGGAAGCACUGCUAGACCCGAUAUUUGCGUGUGGCCUCACGGUGCCACUGGAAAUGGCUUUGGUCGAUAUGGCACAUCAUAUCCCACCAAUUCGACCUGUUAUACAGGAGAAACUGCUGGACCUGCUCAGCUUGAUCCUGGUUAGACAUCCCUACAAACCACUAGGAUGCCCGAAAGAUCGGUCAAUGCCCCUACCUUCAUUUGCAAAGAAUUAUGGUGGUCUGCCAAUCGAGACAAAAGACUCGGAUAUUGUCCUUGCUCUAAGGACGCUCGGGACUUUUGACUUUUCUGGCCACUAUCUCAACGAGUUCGUUCGCGACGUCACCCUGCGUUAUGCCACCAACGAGAAUUCCGAAAUUCGACGAGCUGCGGCUCUCACUUGUUGCCAGCUGUUUGUCCAAGACCCCAUUCUCCAUCAGUCAAGCACGAACGCUAUACAGGUGGUAGGCGAAGUCGUAGAUCAGCUCCUGACCGUAGCUGUUGGUGAUGCAGACCCGGAGAUUCGGAGUACAGUUCUAGAAGCUCUAGAUGCUAAAUUCGAUAGGCAUCUCGCCAAGCCAGAAAACGUUCGUUGCCUUUUCCUUUCAGUCAACGAUGAUCACUUUCCAGUCCGGGAGGCCGCUGUCACCAUCAUCGGCAGACUUACUGUUGUCAAUCCUGCCUAUGUCUUCCCACCUCUUCGAAAGCUGCUGGUCAACCUGCUUACGGGACUGAAAUACGCGAACACUGCUCGCCACAAGGAAGAGUCUGCUCGGCUGAUUAGCCUGUUCGUUACUAACGCCACAUCCCUUGUCAGUACAUAUGUCAAACCUAUGGUCAGUGCACUACUGCCGAAAGCUACAGAUCCAAACCCUGGCGUCGCGUCGACAACCAUUAAUGCUCUUGGCCAGCUGACAUCUGUUGGUGGUGAAGAGAUGAGAGAGUACAUACCGCAGAUAAUGCCCAUUAUUUUGAGCUCCCUCCAGGAUCUUGCUUCUCACGAGAAGCGCGAUGCUGCAAUGAAAGCACUUGGCGCUUUAGCUGUCAACUCAGGCUACGUUAUUGACCCUUAUCUUCAGUACCCUGAACUUCUCGUUAUCUUGAUCAACAUCAUCAAGACUGAAGCCCAUGACGGCCUACGCACGAACGCUAUCAAGUUAGUCGGCGUUUUAGGAGCCCUGGAUCCUUACAAAUUUCAGCAGUUGAGCGAAAGUGUUACGGACACUCUCGCCAUUACUGAAGCACCACCAGUAUCAGAUGUCUCCUUGAUUAUGACAGGUCUCACUCCGUCAAAUGAGGAAUACUACCCGACUGUGGUGAUCAACAUCCUUCUCCAGACUAUACUUGCCGACCCAACCCUUGUACAGUACCACAGCGCCGUUAUCGACGCAAUUGUAACAAUAUUCAAGACCAUAGGAAUGAAAUGUGUUCCUUUCCUUGGCCAAAUAAUACCGGCAUUUAUCAGCGUCAUUCGAAGCUCUCACCACAGCAGACUGGAUCAAUACUUCAAUCAACUUGCAAUUUUAGUGAAUAUUGUUAGACAGCACAUACGAGCCCACCUGCCCGAUAUUAUCAAGCUACUACGCGACUUCUGGAACGUGAACAAACAGGUUCAGUCAACCAUCCUGAAUCUUAUCGAAGCAAUAUCGAAGUCCCUCGAAGGAGAAUUCAAGAAGUGGCUUGCGGAUCUGCUACCCUUAAUGCUCGGUAUCAUCGAGAACGAUAAUGAUCCUAGGCGCGACUCCUCAAUCCGUAUCUUACAUACCUUUCUUGUCUUCGGGUCGAGUGGUGAAGAAUACAUGCACAUGAUUGUACCAGCCGUUGUCAGUAUAGCUGAGGAUCCAGUCACAGUAGUGAGUGCAAGAAGGUCAGCCAUCGAAACUCUAGGCAAGUUGUCACGUUCUGUCAACUUGACAGACUAUGCCUCUCUAAUGCUUCAUCCGCUUGCGAACAUCGUCUCUUCGUCCGAGAAGAAUGCUGCUAGCUCAGCAGAUCGGGCUCUCAAAGCUAACGCAUUGGAUUGUGUUUGUGCGUUGAUCUUCCACCUUGGCCACGAUUUCGUCCACUUUAUACCGUUAAUGGAGCGAGCAACCAUAUCUGGUCAAAUUAGCUCAACAAGAUAUACCAGACUGAUUGAGGCGCUGAAAUCGAGAAAACCAUUGCCACAAGAUCUUUCUGCAGACGAUUAUAGCUUGACUACUGAGGAUCAACCUUACAUAAAUAUUACAGCUGUCAAGUUGCCAGUCAAUCAGCAGCAUUUGAAGAGUGCUUGGGAUACCUCGCAGAAGUCCACGAAGGAGGAUUGGCAAGAAUGGAUGCGCAGAUUCAGCGUGGAGCUGUUGAAAGAGUCCCCUUCACAUGCCCUGCGCGCUUGUGCGACAUUGGCUGGUGUAUAUCAACCAUUAGCCAAAGACCUUUUCAAUUCCGCGUUCGUCUCAUGCUGGACGCAACUCUAUGAACAAUAUCAGGAAGAGCUAAUUCGAGCGAUCGAGAAAGCUCUGACUUCACCCAACAUACCUCCAGAUAUCCUACAGAUACUACUGAACCUCGCCGAGUUUAUGGAACACGACGACAAGUCCCUGCCAAUUGACAUCAGAAGUCUAGGACGCUUUGCUGGCAGAUGUCAUGCUUGGGCAAAGGCUCUGCACUAUAAGGAAUUGGAGUUCGAACAGGAUCAGAAUAGCCAAUCUGUCGAAGCAUUGAUAAGUAUCAACAAUCAGUUGCAACAAUCUGACGCUGCCAUUGGUAUAUUGCGCCGCGCGCAAGCAUUUGGUGAAGUGGAACUCAAAGAAGCUUGGUUCGAACGUCUGACCAGAUGGGAGGAAGCUUUGGCAGCAUAUCAGAAGCGGGAACGCAUUGAGCCUGAUAACUUUGAGAUUGUCAUGGGUAAGAUGCGAUGCUUGCAUGCACUAGGUGAAUGGCGUAUGCUAUCAGAAAUUGCUCAAGAACACUGGAACAACGCUUCGCAAGAAAAUCGACGAAACAUGUCCGCUUUGGCAGCUGCUGCCGCGUGGGGACGUGGCGAAUGGGAGCUGAUGGACAACUACAUCAGCGUCAUGAAAGAUGCAUCUCCAGAUCGGGCGUUCUUUGGUGCUAUACUCGCCAUUCAACGUAACCACUUCGAUGAUGCACGGUUCUACAUCGAUAGAGCUAGAGAUGGUGUCAUUUCUGAAAUUACGGCCACUAUAGGAGAAUCAUAUAAUCGUGCGUACAGCGUUGUGGUCAGAACACAGAUGUUGGCCGAACUAGAGGAGAUCAUCCAGUACAAACUCUGUCAAAACGAGCCGAAACGCCAAAGAGAGCUUCAAGAGCUAUGGAAUAAGCGACUGCUUGGUUGUCAGGCAAACGUGGAAGUAUGGCAGAGAAUGCUGAAAGUGCGAGCUCUAGUCCUGACUCCAAAAGACAAUCCUGAGAUAUGGAUCAAAUUCGCCAAUUUGUGUCGGAAGUCAGAGCGUAUAGGCCUUGCUGAGCGAUCUCUUGCCUCACUAGGGGCAGUUAGUAACUUCUCUGCAAGUACUGCUGCACCUCCGGUAGCAUACGCGCGCCUCAAAUUUAAUUGGGCUACAGGAAACCAGAAACAUGCACUUCACCACUUACGAGACUUCACCGCUCAGCUUGCAGACGAUUUCGAAGCCACCAAAGUAGAACUCACAAACGGUAUGCAAAACGGGCACGUUCCCAAUGGGAUCGACACCAACAAUGAACUAGCCUUCAGGAAGUCUUUCAAGGUUGAAAUUGAGCAGCAAGCUCGACUGCUGGCGAAAUGUUAUCGCCGACAGGGUGAAUGGCAAGCGUAUCUUCUCCGUGGCAAUUGGACCAAUCCUCAGGCACAAGACGCAGUGAAGGACAUCAUCAAUUCGUAUCAGCUUGCCACACAAUACAACGAGUCAUGGUACAAGGCUUGGCACGCCUAUGCUCUAGCAAAUUUUGAGGUAGUCACGUCUUUGGCACAACAGUCUGAACAAGAGAAAGGACGAUCGCUUCCUGACCACGUUAUACUGAAUCACGUCGUUCCUGCCGUUACUGGCUUUUUCAAGUCGAUCGCACUUUCCAACACUAGCUCGCUGCAAGACACGUUGCGACUGCUCACCUUAUGGUUUGCACACGGAGGCCACCACGAGGUUAAUGCAAUCGUCAACGAAGGCUUCACGUCAGUGAUCAUCGACACGUGGCUAGAGGUCAUUCCUCAGUUGAUCGCUCGGAUCAAUCAGCCUAAUGCUCGCGUCCGUCAAGCCGUACAUAGACUGUUGGCCGAGCUUGGCAAGGUACACCCGCAAGCACUUGUAUAUCCGUUGACAGUGGCUAUGAAAUCUUCUGUCACUCGUCGAUCACAGUCCGCAUCUCAUAUUAUGGAUAGCAUGAGACUUCACAGUCCUGCUCUUGUUGAACAAGCAGAGCUUGUCAGCCAUGAACUUAUUCGUGUCGCAGUCCUGUGGCACGAACUUUGGCACGAGGGUCUGGAAGAGGCCUCUCGACUGUAUUUCGGCGAUGAUGAUGUGGAGGGCAUGUUUAAUACACUAGCUCCUUUGCAUGAACUACUUGAUCGUGGUGCGGAAACACUUCGAGAAGUGUCAUUUGCUCAAGCAUUUGGUCAUGAUCUUGCCGAAGCAAGAACCUUCUGCAAUGUGUACAGAAGAACAAGAGAGCCAGGCGACCUUAAUCAGGCAUGGGAUCUCUACUAUGCUGUGUUCCGAAAGAUCGCACGACAACUACCACAGCUCAUGCAAUUAGACCUGAAGUACGUCUCACCACGACUGAAAGACGCUCGCGACCUCGAACUCGCUGUACCUGGUUUCUACUAUCCUGGCAAAGCUAUUGUGACUAUAUCCGGCUUUGACCAUGUGUUCGGUGUCAUAGCAUCUAAACAGCGACCUCGAAAGAUGAGCCUGAGAGGCUCAGACGGUAUUGUUUAUUCUCACCUAUUGAAGGGUCACGAAGAUAUCCGACAGGAUGAGCGGGUUAUGCAGCUUUUCGGCUUAGUCAACACGUUGCUCAACGAUGAUACGGAAUCUUUCAAGCGGCAUCUAAAUAUCCAGCCAUUCCCGGCUAUCCCUCUUUCACAGAAUUCGGGUCUGCUCGGCUGGGUACCCAAUUCAGACACACUGCACAAUCUCAUCAAAGAGUACCGAGAGUCAAGAAGAAUUCUCCUUAAUAUCGAGCAUCGUAUUAUGUUGCAGAUGGCACCAGACUACGACAAUCUUACUCUCAUGCAGAAGGUGGAAGUCUUCGGUUAUGCGAUGGACAAUACAACUGGUAAGGAUCUCUAUCGAGUGCUCUGGCUCAAAUCGAAGUCAUCUGAGGCCUGGCUCGAGCGUCGUACGACAUACACUCGGUCCUUGGGUGUUAUGUCAAUGGUCGGCUAUAUCCUUGGUCUUGGUGACCGUCACCCUUCGAAUCUCAUGCUCGACCGCACCACUGGCAAAAUCAUUCACAUCGAUUUCGGUGAUUGCUUCGAGGUAGCAAUGCAUCGUGAGAAGUACCCAGAGCGUGUGCCUUUCCGCUUGACGCGCAUGCUUACCUUCGCCAUGGAAGUCAGCAACAUCGAGGGAAGCUUCCGUAUCACAUGUGAGAAUGUGAUGCGUGUCAUCCGUGAGAACAAGGAGUCCUUACUGGCUGUCUUGGAAGCCUUCAUCCACGAUCCACUUCUCAAUUGGCGUCUCAAUACCAGAGAAUCUCCUCCAAAACCAAACUUUCGCUCUGAACGUCGCGCAAGUAUCAUCGAAGUUCCUGGCGCGGGGAACACCAAUGGAGGUCUCGAGAACGAUGAGCGCGACGGUGAAACAGCAGCUCUCAAUCCUGCUGCUCAAGCUCCAGUAGGUGCACCGCCAGGCCGGCGUAACAGACGAUCGUCCAUCAUCGACCCAGCUAUGGUCGGUGGCUCACUACUCGGUCGCAACAUCGCCGAGCGAGAAGGUCCAGAGAAUGACCAAAUCCGCCAAGACGCCAAAGAAGUCCAAAACGCUCGUGCCCUGCAAGUCCUCGCCCGCGUCAAGGAGAAACUCACAGGCCGCGACUUCCACAAAUCCUCCCACAAUCCUGGCGUUGUCGAGGUUGCAACCACAGGCACUCACACCGUCAUUGGCCCAAUGAACACCAAUCACGACAAUAUCCUCCUCAAUGGCAAAGACGGCCUAUCUGGCCCGGGACACAGCUACACAAACGGCACACCGAGCAUAUACCAGCAGAUGCUGAAAGAUGACCCAGAGAGUUUUCAGGGCGCUACAGACAAGGAGUUACGGGCCGGAGCGGCGCUUAAUGCCGCUGAAGCGAGUAGUGCGAUGCUCAAUGGGCAGGGAGGUUUGAAAGUGUUGGAACAGGUUGAUCGGUUGAUUUUGCAGGCGAUUCAGGUGGAAAAUUUGUGUCAGCAUUAUAUAGGGUGGUGUUCUUUCUGGUAA